AUGCCGCCGAACCGCGACAAAGUUCCUUGCUCCCUCUUUCUCUUUCUCUCUCUCUCUCUCUCUCUCUCUCUCUCUCUCUCUCUCUCCCAUGUAUGCUCUGUGGAUGGAGUACUUUGUAGUGUAAGUGGGAAAGUUCCCUCGCUGUGCUGGCAACCUGGGCCUGCCUUGCAAGCGCAACGGGUCUCGACCGGGCCCUGGACCUGCAAUCCCAAAUGUCCAUGGCAUCUCUACACUACGGAGUACUGCGUAGAGACUAGACUCUCUCUCAUACUCCGUGGAUGA